UUAAAAGCGGGAGCAAACACAUGUCGAAGCAGAGUCAGAGCACUCAGACAGUAAAGGAAUGAAAUUAUGUUUGAGCGCGACUUUCAGGCAGGAGGACAAACAGAGACGCGCGCUGUGAACCUUACCGCAGAAAACGCUGUUUCGCGCGGAGCUGUCCAAGGUGGAGUAGGAUGAUGGGAUGAAGCACCUGUUGCUAUGCCAAUAUCUACAAACGAGAACGAUGAUGCAAUCAAUCCAUCUCUGCUUGGAAUGCUGAAAUUUGGUUAUAUUAAUGGAUUGACCCGCAUAAGCCAUUUAAGCGCUAGAUAUUAAAUGCAAAACUUUUCAGGUUUAAACCCUCACCAUGGCUGGAUGUCGGAUGCGCUGAUGUUAAACUCUAAAUAAUCAGUUUCAUCUGGAAACCAUUAGGCUACACUUUGGUCAAUGAUUCACGAGGCUAAUCCCCACGAGUGCCCAUUUUAAUUCAACACCGUGAUAUGGACGUGGAAAAAGUCAGUUGUGUUAACGAAAUGCCGCGAGGUGCUGGGAGAGACGCUCGCGCUGCAGGGUUCGCGGCUCGCUGAUCCCCUCACACACUUCACGCGCGUCAAUGACGCUGGCUCCUUGGUUAAAGCUGGCGAGGCUCGGCCUGCUGACUGCCUGGCUUUACUCAUGGCUGCUGGUGGAGGGAUGCGGACCAGGUCCAGGUUACGGCACUCGCCAUAGGCAACGCAAGUUGACUCCAAUGUCGUACAAGCAGUACGUGCCCGGUGUCUCUGAGAACAACCUGGGAGCGAGCGGAAGAGCGGAGGGCAGGAUAACGCGCAGUUCGGAACGCUUCAAUGAGCUCGUGUGUAACUAUAACACUGACAUUGACUUCAAAGACGAGGAACACACCAAAGCUGACCGGUUCAUGACCAAGCGCUGUAAGGACUGCCUCAAUAAACUGGCAAUAGCAGUAAUGAACCAGUGGCCUGGGGUCCGACUGCGAGUGACGGAAGCCUGGGAUGAGGAUGGCCAUCACCCUCCUGGUUCUUUGCAUUAUGAGGGCCGUGCGGUUGACAUCACCACCUCAGACAGGGACACAAAAAAAUAUGGACUACUUGCACAGUUGGCAGUUGAGGCUGGAUUUGACUGGGUGUACUAUGAAUCCAAGUACCAUGUGCACUGCUCUGUCAAAGCUGAUCACUCAGUUGCUGUAGAAAAAGGUGGCUGCUUUUCAGGAUCGGGGCUUGUGACAAUGGCUGAUGGCGUGCAAAAACCUUUGUCGUGUUUGCGGCCUGGCGAGAAGGUGCUUUCCUUGUCUGAGUCAGGUGAAGUUGUUCUCAGUCGGGUACUUCUCUUUUUACAUCUGGAUAGAGAGAGCAGAACCAUGUUCUUUAUUUUUACCACUGAAAAUGGAAAACGAAUGGCGCUUACUCCCAAUCACCUCAUUUUUGCGACUCCCAAUCUCAAACUGCACCACCAUGAGUAUGAAGCUAUGUUUGCCAAAAACGUUAGGACUGGGGACUAUAUACUUACUACUGGGGACAACAGAAGACUUCAGCCAUCUAAAGUGGUCUCAAUUUCACUGGAGGAGAUGAUGGGGGUUUAUGCUCCUUUGACAGAACAUGGGAACUUAUUUGUGGAUGGUGUGUUGGUAUCCAACUACGCUUCUGUUGAGGAUCACAGACUCGCACACUGGGCAUUUUGGCCUUUCCGUGUUCUUUUUCGCUUUUUCCAGACAGUAAUGGAAGAGAACUCACAAAGAGUGGUGGUUAACAGUAGUGCCAUGGUCCCUAAUAUCUGUUCCACAGAUCAGACCUUCCUCACAAAUGUGAUGCACAAUAGUUCUUCCAACAUAUGCAAGAAAUUCCCAGAAGUCACAGUGGAAACGGAAAAUGAACACAGUUUUUUGCAACAAAAGGAAGUUUACUGGUAUGCAAGGCUUUUGCACACAUUAGGACAGAUAUUUCUUGACCCUCAGAAGUUUUACUGAUGGUCAAGACAGGGAAUAUGCAAACAUAAUGUCAACUGCAAAAUAAAUUAUAGCUUUUUUAAAAACUACUGACCAAAAAGGAAAUGAAAUAGGCACUAUAACUGGUAUAAUUACUCACCACAUAUAAUGUCCAGUUACAGUUACUUCUUACAUUUAGAAUUUGUAAAUGUG